UCUAUUCCAGCAACAGUUUCAUUCUUAUUAUUACUAGAUGGCUUUAAUCAACCACUUAAUUUUAUACCACCCACCGUAAAAUUUUUGUUUUUACAUAAAAUCAGUUAUCAACUAACACCUGGCUCAAUUCCAUAUCAUUUAACUCAAAUUGGAUUUUCUAAUGGCUUCUCUCAACGUUUUACAAAAGGCAUAAUCCCUGACUCUAUAGCUAAUGUUGCUAUUGGCGAUGUGGUCUAUGCUUUAGAUUCUGACUCCAUUUCAAACCCUAAUCAUCAAUUAUUAUUACUUGAUGGCUUUAAUCAUCCACUUGAUUUUAUACCAAGCACCGUACAGAGCUUGUUUUUACAAAACAUCAAGUAUCAAUUAAAAAAAGGUUCAAUUCCAAAACAUUUAAAUAUUCUUGGAUUUACCAAUGGCUUUGAUCAGGAAUUAACAAAAGAUAUUAUCCCUGACACUGUAACAUCUAUUUUAAUUGGCGAUGUGGUCCAUUCUUUAAAGCCUGACUCGAUUUCAAACUCAGAACAAAUAAUUUAUUAUUAUGGCAACUACAAACAUAAAAAAAUUAAUUUUUAUCGGUCUCAAAGUAAUAAUUCAAAUUUAUAG